AUGCUUUUCAAUCGUCGCUGCAAAGAGGCGACCGCCGUCAUAUUAAAAAAAAACAUCUUGCUAUCCUUUGGACGACAGAAGCAGGCGAACAGAGAUGCAGACUUAUUGAUCAAAUUCGGGGUACUGCAGACCGCACAAUACCCGGAGAUCGAGGAAACGUCAGUGCACAACCUCUCGUCAAAACAACUAACCGAGGUUCAAACUAAAGUCCUCCAACGUGGAUCUGGAUUUAACACGACCGACGCUGACCCGAUCAUCUUCACUGCCUCCUCCGAAAACCUCGGAAAACCAGCGACUCUAACCGUUGCGGGAUUGCCUCUGCUCUGA